GGCUGUGCGUGCGGUGCCAGAAGUCUCUGGGGGCGGCGCGAGCUGUGUUCCGUUUGUUUCUCCGGGGCUGGUGAGGCGGGCCGGCAGUGGAGUUCAGGCCGACAGAAAGAGGACAGCCUUUCCUGGCUUGGCAGCCCCUGUAAUCGUGUGCUGCCCCUAAGCCUGCGACUCGUGCCCCUCCACUCGCCGCUGGACGGUAAGGUCCCCCCUUGGACACAACUCUACCCGGGUUUUGCCUCUGCUCUCUGGGUGUCGCUGAAACAUCUGUGAGGAGCAAAGUGACAUCCCAGGGUAGGCGCAGGUUGAGCACAGGUGCUUGUCACCAUUUUAUCAGAGUGUCUAGUCUCCGAAGUCAGACUCUUUUGAAGCAGUAAACUGGUCUCUGCCAGGUGAGAUUACCUCGAGGGGCCUGCCAGGGUCAGGGAACUGUGUUGCAGGUCAGACGAGUAGAGUAGAGCCGUCCAUCCCUCCGGCAGACGCUUUGCCCACUACUCCUGACGUCCUCAUGGGAAACAGAAUGGGAUCCUCCCGCUCCAAAGGGUGGCAGCACUCCGCUCCGUCAGGGACUCCAGCCAGCUCUAAGGCAUGGCAGCACACCCCUCCGUCAGGGACCCCGGCCAGCUACAUGCUCACUCAUUGUGGUUCACACUCUUGUGCAUUUCUGAGCUCCUGGGUAUAUUACACCAGGAGUAAUUUAGAGCUCCAGUGGCCGCGGUGGGGAUCGUUUGAACUUCCGAAGCUUGCUUUUCUCAGAAACAAAUUAGGAGAGCUUAGCUGUGUGGUCCAGUCUUCGGAAUGGGAUGCGUUUUUCAAGUGGUAUCUGGAAGCUUCAAAGCGUGCUCAGGACGCAGAGGUUGCCUCCCUGCGAGGCACCAUCUCCCAGCUUGCUGAUGCAAACAGACAACUCAGAAAGGACAUCAAGGACUUGGAAGCCAAGGUUCACUGCUCCCUGGAACGUCCUCCUCCCUCCUCUGCUUCGAAACCCUCCGAUGACGUGGCUAAACCCAAAGCCUCCUGUGCCCCCUGGACUAAAGAUGAGCUCCGAACCAUCGUCAGGGACUUCCCAAAAGUCACUGAAGAUCCUCAGCGAUUUGCUGAUGAGUUCAGCGUCAUGAUCCGGGUCUAUCAGCCUGAUGUCACCCAUCUCCUCCAGCUAGUCCACCUGCUUGUUGACGAAAGCCAAGCCAAGCACUGGAUGGCUAAAGCUAACUGGCCCCACCUGGAGCUGAAUAGCCAGCAGCAGACACCCCAGUCCCCGUGCCAGGCUCAGAGUCUGGCCAGCAGUCUCCAUAGAGCUAUCCUGGAGGCAUUCCCUAAACGUGCAGAUUGGACUAAGAUUUAUGCUUGUGUCCAAGAACCCAAUGAGCCAGUUUAUCAAUAUUACAGUCGAUUCGAGCUUGUCUUUAAGGAAAACUCUGCAUUGCCUAUGAGUUCUGUUUCUUACAGCUCAUUCUUUAACUCUGCAUUUGUGGGUAACCUAACCCCAGAGCUGUCCCUGCUUGUUAAAAGAUCUUCCAUGGAAUGGCUAACCAUGUCCACUGAGUGUCUGGUACGUCAGGUCAAUAAGUUAGCCCGCUCCCUGGAGUGCGCCAAUGCACAGAAGUCUGCCGAGACCCUCAGUCGCUUGCUGCAGCAGCUGAAAGCUCCCCAGAGGAUUCCUCCUGGCCUCUGCCAUUACUGUAAAAAACCAGGCCACUGGAAGAAAGAUUGCUACAAGCUGAAGAGAGCUAAGCAGGGCCUCCCUCCAAACCCUCAAUUUUGGGUAAUGGAUGUGUUUUCUGAGUCGGGGCCCCGGGGCAUCACAGGAGCUCCUAUCAAUCCUAUGCUGUCGUGGGUCGAGAGCUCAGAUUCAGAAUGAGGCCCUGGCUGUCCUUGUGGACCUGGGAGCCACACUCCAGUGCCCAGCCCAGUGCCCUCCACCAGCCCUCACCUUGGAGCACAAAUAGUGGUGUGUACCCCUUUAUCACAUCCUGUGUCCUCAUGGGAACCCCUCCUUUCUGCUUGGUGUUCAGCACCUAUCUUUCUCCUAAAAGGAAAAAAUAAUUUUGGAAUUUAACAAACCAGAUUGAGUUGACUCAAUUCUAGAAGCUCCUCACUCUCCUAGUUCCCACAUUUGACUACAGAAUGAGAAGGCUCUCUCAGCUUUCAACCCAUUGCUAACUGUCAAACCUACAAGGUCUCGUUGACUCACAUGCCAGUCCUACCGUGCCCUGAUGCUGCCAGGAGAGAGACCUAACGGCUGUGGGUGCUGUUUGAUUCAAGACCUCAGUGGUGACCCCCGACACAUCACUGACCUCAGCCCUCACCUGCAGCGAGUUCCCACUGGUGAUGACCUACAUAGUGCCUGUUUCAGUGUCUUGACCACGAGGCCAGGCACGCCUUCUCCUUCACCAGGGACGGCUAGCAGGUGCCUGGACGCUAGAUGCCUUUGCCUUCAUCAGGGACGGCCGGCAGGUGCCUGGAUGCUCAGCACCUUUGACUUCUCCAGGGAUGGCCAGCAGGCGCCUGGACGCUCGGUGCCUUUGACUUCUCCAGGGACAGGCAGCAGGCGCCUGGACGCUCGGUGCCUUUGACUUCUCCAGGGACGGGCAGCAGGUGCCUGGACUCCUGGUGCCUUCGAUUUCUUCAGGGAUGGGCAGCAGGCGCCUGGACUCCCAGUGCCUUUGACUUCUCCAGGGAUGGCCAGCAGGUGCCUGGACUCCUGGUGCCUUUGACUUCUCCAGGGACGGCCAGCAGGUGCCUGGACUCCUGGUGCCUUUGACUUCUCCAGGGACGGCCAGCAGGUGCCUGGACUCCUGGUGCCUUUGACUUCUCCAGGGACGGCCAGCAGGUGCCUGGACUCCUGGUGCCUUUGACUUCUCCAGGGACGGCCAGCAGGUGCCUGGACUCCUGGUGCCUUUGACUUCUCCAGGGACGGCCAGCAGGUACCUGGACUCCUGGUGCCUUUGACUUCUCCAGGGACGGCCAGCAGGUGCCUGGACUCCUGGUGCCUUUGACUUCUCCAGGGACGGCCAGCAGGUGCCUGCCUGGAUGCUCGGUGCCUUUGACUUCUCCAGGGACCGGCAGCAGGCGCCUGGACGCUUGGUGCCUUUGACUUCUCCAGGGAAAGCCAACAGGCACCUGGACUCCUGGUACCUUUGACUUCUCCAGGGACAGCUAGCAGGCGCCUGGACGCUUGGGUGCCUUUGACUUCUCCAGGGAUGGCCAGCAGGUGCCUGGACGCUCGGUGCCUUUGACUUCACCAGGGACGGCCAGCAGGUGCCUGGAUGCUCAGCACCUUUGACUUCUCCAGGGACGGCCAGCAGGUGCCUGCCUGGAUGCUCGGUGCCUUUGACUUCUCCAGGGAAAGCCAACAGGCACCUGGACGCUCGGCAUCUUUGACUUCUCCAGGGACGGGCAGCAGGCGCCUGGACUCCCAGUGCCUUUGACUUCUCCAGGGACGGCCAGCAGGAGCCUGGAUGCUCGGUGCCUUUGACUUCUUCAGGGACGGCCAGCAGGCGCCUGGACUCCCAGUGCCUUUGACUUCUCCAGGGACGGCCAGCAGGCGCCUGGACGCUCGGUGCCUUUGACUUCUCCAGGGACGGCCAGCAGGCGCCUGGACUCCCAGUGCCUUUGACUUCUCCAGGGACGGCCAGCAGGCGCCUGGACUCCCAGUGCCUUUGACUUCUCCAGGGAUGGCCAGCAGGCGCCUGGACUCCCAGUGCCUUUGACUUCUCCAGGGAUGGCCAGCAGGCGCCUGGACUCCCAGUGCCUUUGACUUCUCCAGGGACGGCCAGCAGGAGCCUGGACGCUCGGCAUCUUUGACUUCUCCAGGGACGGGCAGCAGGAGCCUGGACGCUCAGUGCCUUUGACUUCUCUGGGAAUGGCCAGCAGGCGCCUGGACGCUCAGUGCCUUUGACUUCUCCGGGAAUGGCCAGCAGGCGCCUGGACGCUUGGCACCUUUGACUUCUCCAGGGACGGGCAGCAGGCGCCUGGACACUCGGUGCCUUUGACUUCUCCAGGGACGGCCAGCAGGUGCCUGAACUCCUGGUGCCUUCGAUUUCUUCAGGGACGGGCAGCAGGCACCUGGACUCCCAGUGUCUUUGACUUCUCCAGGGACGGGCAGCAGGCGCCUGGACACUCGGUGCCUUUGACUUCUCCAGGGACGGCCGCUCCAGCACUUCAUUGUGAAGGCAAACCUAGACGAUGUUACCUUGCUUCCAGGUUUCCGUUGCUGCAGGCGUGUGUGAGCUCUCUGCUCCCUCACAGACUGGAUAUGAGGACAGUGUACACAUGUUAAGAAACUUGGCUGCCCAAGGCCAUAAUUUUUCUAAGGAAAGGUUACUUGAAAGCCCAAAUAAGAUAUAUUGGGCACAAAGUUUCAGAGAGUAGACUACACUUAGACCCAGCUUGGUGCAAGGUGUUGGGCAAUUUUUAAAACCCUAAACUCUGCACCACCUUGUCUGCCUCUGCCGCAAGCCUCCUGCUAGAGGCCACCAAAGCUGGCGUCCCUGUUUGGGAAGCUGUUGAAGAUGUGUCUUUUGACAAGGUAAAAAGGAGUUACUAGAGCUGCAGCUGCAGGAUGCUCUGAGUGUAAACUCCCUUUUCCCCUCAGUUAUGAAAUGCGUGGCAAGCAUAGGAGUCUACUCAAAAGCAUGGAGGUCACGUCAUCCCACAGAGUAUGACAGCCAGCAGCUGGGUUGGUUGCCUGUGGGUGGUGUCCUCUGAGGCUGUCCCAGUUGCUGUCCUGUUGGUCAGAUCCACUGAAAAAAGUCCUGGGAUGUCCUUUGCCAUCUUUGCUCGCACACCUGCCUGCUGGUCCCCUCCUCCUCUGGGAUCCUUCUGUUAGCUGUUCCCCGUGCAGAUGUCUCCUCAGUCUUCCCUUCCUGGCUCUCCCUGCAGUGGAAUUCCACACAGCUUGUGACCCUGGAAGGCCCCACAGGGCUCUUCCCUAGGCAGUGCUGAGUUUCCUGCUUCUCAGGUGUCUGGGUCCUGCUCUGUCCACCUCCUUUGAUACUGUACCCAGCAGGCAGAACUGUGGCCCUUGCUGGAGCCUGUCACCUGCCAGGGUUAGGCUGCUGCUGCUCUGGGGUCCUAGGGACUCAGCAGUGUUGUGGAGACAAGGGUUUCAUCCCUUCCAGUGGAGAUAAGAUAUGGCCCUCAUGUAAAACCCUUAGUACAGCUAUCUGCUGCCCUGGCCAUUCCACAACUGGACUCUGGAGGCUGGAAUACUGUCCUGCUGCCAGUCUCGGCAAAGAACAUUGCCCAUGGUGGGGCAGCACUGUGGCAUAUCGGGUAAAGCCACCACCUGCAGUGCCAGCAUCCCAUAUGGGCGCCGGUUGGAGACCCAGCUGCUCCACUUCUGAUCCAGCUCUCUGCUAUGGCUUGGGAAAGCAGUAGAGGAUGGCCCAAGUCCUUGGGCCCCUGCACCCACGUGGGAGACCCAGAAGAAGCUCCUGGCUCCUGGCUUCAGGCUUCAGAUUGGCACAGCUCCAACAGUUGCAUCCAUUUGGGGAGUGAACCAGCGGAUGGAAGAUCUCUCUCUCUGCCUCUCCUUCUUCUCUCUCUGUAACUCUUUCAAGUAGAUAAAUAAAUCUUAAAAAAAAAAAAAAAAAACUUGCCCAUGGAAGUCCCACUGAUCACAUCUGCCAUGGCCCAGCUGGAAAUGUUUGCAAGUCUUAAAACAGCUACUAAAGAUGUACGGACUUGGACACGUGCAAGAUGCCCACUCAGAGUGAGAAGAGUGGGUCCUUUCUAGGGCGCUGAGUUCUGAGUUCCCAUUCUGGAAGUUCAGGGGCACGUGCUUGCCUCUCCCAGCUCUGGUGAAGGCCCCGCGAUGGCCCAAGUGUGCGAGAUGCAGGGGCAGUGUCGGGCUUGCUGCUCACAGCCUGCUCUCAAGCCACACUCCCUCAGCAAAGCGUAGCUCCUCCCUCAGACAGCAUUUCUCCCACCCCAAGUGGGGCUCGGACACUGGCUGGACGUCUUCCGGUUCAGCUCAGCUCUGCCCCUGUCCACCUGCAGGGUGAGGGCUCGGUCCCCAGGACCUCCCUGUGCUUCCAUGCGGGUCACAGUCCCAGGUUUCCCUGUGCUCCGACGGUGGAGCUGUAAGUGGGGUUCCAUGACCCUUUCCUUGGGUUUGGUUAGUUUGCUCCCGCGGCUCGGUAACUCAGGGACGCAUUUCCUUUCCUUGCCUGGCUUACCAGAAAGGAGGUUACGAAGAGUGGGGUUGGGGUCACUUAGGGAGAGGGCGGGGGAGCACCUGUGUCCUCUCCAGCCCGCUCUCCACUGCUGACCUUGUGGGCUUUGGGAGGCCUCCUCCUCAGGCCUGGUGGGCAGGGCGGGGCACGGGGCGGGGCAGCCUCCUCAGUUCUCCUGGGCCUCUGCAGAAUCUCUUGCUCCUGAAAUGGGUGUUGUGGGCCACUGUCAGACGAGGGGUCGGUCCUCAUGGCCAGUUCCAAAACAGGAAGGUGGGGCAAGAGCAGGAGGAGCUAGAGCAAGGUCUGAACUCCCCAGCGCUAGUCUAGUCUCUUAGGACAUGACAAGGGUUACUGGGCCAUGAACCAGGUGCCAUGGAUGCAACCCAAAAGGGACACACGCAUGUCUAUCAUGUCACACCUCUUACAGGUCACCGCACUGGGAACCAGGUCUCCAGCAGAGGAACCUUUGGGGGGCAGACUUCCAAACCCUGACUCUGGCUUCCUGUCCUGGCCCCCCGAGCUCAUGGCCUUCUCACUGCACAAAGGCAUUCACAACUUGCGAACCUCAGCUCAUUCAGAGUCCAACGUCUCAUCUGAUAAUCAAGGCAAAUGUCUUCCGGCUGCGAUCCAGGUUACCCCCUAUAAUAAGGGGGUCUCAAGCCCUCAGAGCAGACUUUGAACACUGCUGCCCACUCGGUGCCUGGCUGACAUUGCUGCUGGUUGCUCUACAUUUCUGGGGUUCCUGCUGCAGCUCCUCUCAUGGCUGCACCAGGCAUUGUCCAGGAAGACUUCUGUCUCCCAGGUUUUUUUGGAAAUCGUGAUGGGAGUUGUCAUGAUGCCAUAACUUUUUGCAUUCUGCACACUGGCGAAACCAGCGUCGUGUGGUUGAGAAGCAGCAGUGUGAGCCACACCCGUGUCCCUGUGGACCAUGCUGGGUCAGCUGUGAAGUGCUGCCAGGGCUCACCCUUUGCACUCUGGACUGGCAGGGUGAGCCAUGUGCGCCAGGGUGCAGAGAGCAGGACUCUAAGGCACCCCCUCCCCACUGCUGCCAAGGCCGCUGGGCCUGUGAGGUAGCCCUGGCUCUCCCACAUGCCUCCUUUCAUCAGUGCUGAUCUUUGCCUAGCCAGGGUGCAGAUUGUCCAGGUCCUGCUCUGUUUCCUUUUGCUCUCAACCUGAGCAUUAGCAAUUAAGUCACAAAACUGCAGCCUGAAUGCUUUGCAGUUCAGAGGUGUUUUCCACCAGUUUUUCUUUCUUUCUUUUUUCUUUUUUUCUUUUUUUUUUUUUUUGACAGGCAGAGUGGACAGUGAGAGAGAGACAGAAAGUUCUUCCUUUUCCGUUGGUCUGCUGCGGCCAGCAUACCGCACUGAUCCGAAGCCAGGAGCCAGGUGCUUCUCCUGGUCUCCCAUGCGGGUGCAGGGCCCAAGCACUUGGGCCAUCCUCCACUGUCUUCCUGGGCCACAGCAGAGAGCUGGCCUGGAAGAGGAGCAACCAGGACAGAAUCUGGCGCCCCAACUGGGACUAGAACCCAGUGUGCCGGCGCCACAGGCGGAGGAUUAGCCUAUUGAGCUGCAGUGCCAUCCUCUACCAGUUUUUCUAUAAAGCCCUAGGGCUUAGACAUUUCAGUCUUUGCUGCUGGGACUGGUGCUGUGGCAUAGUGGGUAAAAGCCAACACCUGCAGUGCUGGCAUCCCAAAUGGGUGCCAGUUCGAGUUCCAGCUGCUCCACUUCCAAUCCAACUCUCUGCUAUGGCCAGAGAAAGUAGUAGAAGAUAGCCCAAGUCCUUGGGACCCUGCACUCGUGUGGGAGACCUAAAAUAAGCUGCUGGCUCCUAGCUUCAGAUCCACAGAGUCUUUGCUACUGCGUAACAAGGGUGGCCUUUAAUCCUGGCAGAAUCCUCACCUUCCCUGAAGUGACUGAUGCUCCAUACAGGCCUUUCCCAGCCUGCUCCUCUAGGCUCUGCCCACCUCUGCCCUCUGCCCAUACCCUACUUGGUCUGUUUUGUGUUACUGUAACAGAAUAGCUGAGGGCAGGGUAACAGCUGAUGUAGCCCAGGCCCUGGAGACUGUACAGGGCUUGCAGACAGCUCCAUGGUGGUGGAGUGUUAAUAUGGCAAGGCUUGCUACAGCAGCCCAUGCCUGGGGACUUCUUUCCACCAGGCCCUACCUCUUUUUUUUUCUUUCUUUCUUUCUUUUUUUUUUUUUAAUUUUAAGAUCUAUUAUGUAUUUGAGUUAGGUGGGGGGGAGAGAAAGAGCAGUCUUCCAAGUGCUGGUUCACUCCCCAGAUGGCUGCAACAGCCAGUGCUGUGCCAAGCCAAAGCCAGGAGCCUAGAACUUCUUCCAGGUCCCCCACAUGAGUGCAAGAGCCCAAGAACUUAGGCCAUCUUCUGCUGGUUUCCUAGGCGCAGUAGCGGGGAGCUGGAUCAGAAGCAGAGCAGCUGGGACUCUAACUGGUGCCCAUAUGGGAUGCUGGUCCUGCAGGCAGUUUUACCCGCUACGCCACACACCAGACCCUAAGGCCCCCACCCGCCAAGGUUCUGCCAGCCCAGUACUGCCACGCUGGGGACCACUGAAACCAUAUCCAAAGUGUAGCUGACAGGGCUGCUGGACAUGACGUGACUUUCUCGGCAGAACCAGCGUUUCCUUAUAAGGUAAAGCCACCUGUCUGCCUUUCUAGCCUUGGCCAGCUCUUCUGAACAGGCCUCUAAACUUCCUGACCCUCACUGUGUCCUUGUGAAUUCUGAGCUUUCUGGUGUUGCCUUUUUUUUUUUUUUUUUUGACAGAGUGGACAGUGAGAGAGAGAGACAGAGAGAAAGGUCUUCCUUUUCCAUUUGUUCAUCCCCCAAUGGUCGCUGCGGCCAGCGCACUGCGCUGAUCCGAAGCCAGGAGCCAGGUGCUUCUCUUGGUCUCCUAUGUGGGUGCAGGGCCUAAGCACUUGGGCCAUCCUCCACUGUACUCCCGAGCCACAGCAGAGAGCUGGACUGGAAGAGGAGUGACUGGGACAGAAUCCAGCACCCCGACCGGGGCUAGAACCUGGGGUGCCAAUGCUGCAGGCAGAGGAUUAGCCUAGUGAGCCACGGCGCCGGCCCGCCAUUUUGAAUCUUGCUGUGCCCCACUGGGCUGACUGAUCCAGUUCUGUCAGGGCGUGGCCUGGCUCUCUUGGCAGGCUGACCAGGCCAACUAAUCAGGCUAUUUGGAUUAUAGUAGAAGUACUGUCAAGAUGUGAUGUGGUACCAAACUUUAAGUUUCUAUAAUGGGAAAUGCUAUUAAUACAAAUGUUUGAGAAUUAAAAAGUCUAAUGAUCUUGUGUUACUAGACAUGAUAGUUAUCUUAAUGAGAAAGCCCCAGAGGCCUAAAGGGUUAAAUACUUGUAAAAUCCUACAGGUGCUUUCAAAAAUACUGUGAAGUAAGCAAGUGCCUCUUGUUGGUUGAUGAG